CGCGCAUGCGUUGUGUGCAGCAAAACAAAAAUGGCGUUCAGAUAUUUCGCUGAAUGUAAACACUUGCUGAUAUAGCAUCAUAGCAAGAGAAAUCUGCGUCCUGAUAGAAUAAAUGACCGUCAGAAAGUUAGUCUAACUGUAAUUCAUCAUGCUCGACCUAGAGGUAGUACCAGAAAGAUCUCUAGGAAACGAGCAAUGGGAGUUCGUUCUUGGUAUGCCUGUCUACCAGGCGGUGAACAUCCUGAAGCGCCAGGAUCGGAUCAUCAAGGGCAUCCAGGUGUGGUACAGCGACCAGGUGAGAAACGCAUCAUGGCAGCGAUCUCCAUCAAAGGGAGGCACUGAAGCUGUGCUUGGUGACUUUACCAAGAACCCUCUUCAGAUGGACCUGGUGUUAAACUUGUCCCACGACGGCAUCAAACUCAUCUUCGACCCUGUGUCCCAGCGUCUGAAGAUUAUAGAAGUAAACAAUAUGAGCAAGGUCAAAUUAAAAUAUUGCGGGGUUCACUUCAACACGGCACAAGUGCGUCCAACCAUUGAGCAAAUUGACCAGUCAUUCGGGGCAACUCACCCUGGAGUGUACAUAUCUGAAAAGCAGUUGUUUGUUCUAAAUUUCCGGGGGCUUUCAUUUGACUUCCCAAUUGAUUCCAAGUUUGAGAUUGACAAAUACAUGAGCCAUGUAAAUGGAUGUUUGAUACCAAAGUAUGCUCAUGGACUGGGAUCUCUUCAGUUUCCAAAUGGAGCUUCUCCCACAGUGUCGAGAAUGUGUAUAUACUCAGGAAACAGUCUUCAGGAAACAAAAGCACCUCCCUUGCCUGUUUCGUGUUUCCAUGGCAACUGUUUCCUGGAUUGCCUGGAAGUUCUACGAGAGCAUAAUACAACUCUGGGACUUAAGUUUUUACUGGUGACUGAGGGUAGUGGAGCAGGCAAGUUGCUCGAUCCAAGGAAGAGGCCUAUUGAGAGAAUUGUUCGCUUCGGGGAUUCAUGUCAGGAUGUUAUCAGUGCCUUAGGUUGUCCCAGCAAGGUGUUCUACAAAUCUGAGGACAAGAUGAAGAUCCACUCCCCUGAGGCUCACAAGAGGGUCCGCUCUCGCAGCGCUGACUUCUUCUACAACUACUUCACCAUGGGGGUUGACCUGUUGUUUGAUGCCAACUCCUAUCUUGUGAAGAAGUUCAUUCUCCACACCAACUUUCCUGGACACUAUAACUUUAACAUGUACUGUCGCUGUGAGUUCAAGCUGCCUGUGAUGGUGACUAGGGAGAAGCUGCAGCACAGCCUCAUGGACGACAGUGACUUCAUCGUCACAGCCUACUCCAGGUGGAAUGAUGUACAGUCCUCCUUGCUGAAGGCAGAUGAGCGGCCUGUCAUCCUCAACCGUUCCUCCUCCACCAACACCAGCAAUCCAUUUGGCUCAACAUUCUGUUAUGGCGUGCAAGAUAUGAUAUUUGAGGUGAUGCAGAACCAGCAUAUAGCCUCUCUCACCUUGUAUAAACCCUCAGCAGCCCGGGAGACAUUGUCUGCCUCUUGAUGGCACCACGACGUACAUCCAGAUGCUUGUGGACCAGACUCCGAACCCAACACAUACCAGCAACGGUUCUGUCAUAGUGGACACCAAGUGACACCUGUGUCGCCACACCUUGCCAUGUCAGGAAGCCAAGGAGGGUGCAACAAAUGUGACCUCUGACCUGGCAGGGGACAUAACUCUUGCAUGUCAUUUAUCUUUUGAGAUUACAGGAUCAUGGGAAGUGUCAUCUUAGUACCCAUGGACAUGUUAUAUUACAUCUUAGUAUGUUUCCCAAUUCUCAAGGAAGUUGUUCCCUUCUGUACAAUAUCCAAGUUAUGUAUGAAACUUGACAAUAAUUACCAACAAUGGGUUUCCCAUUCCAGAGUUUGUGAUGAUGAUGAAUGUUUGCCUCGUCAAGUAGAGGAAGCAUAUGGAUCUAUAUACUGGUAUAUGAUUUGAUGAAUGUAUUUAUGUCUACGCUUCUUACAUUGCUGACACUGUUGGUGAUGUUGCUACCACAGUGUAGGUAGGGGAGCUCUGACACUCCAUGUGCCUGUAAUAGGAAGCCUUCCUUGCUCUGUUGUCACCCAACCUCAUUUCCACGGGACUUUAAUCAGUCACUUCUUUUGUGGCAUGGCAAUUAUUAAUUCAUUCUGGGCAUUGAGUCUUUCAGUGACGCACAGAUAUUGAAAAUGUAACCAAACACCACUGACACAAGACAUCAAUCGAUCUGUUCUGACUUCUAGUCAUGUUUGUGAAAUUUUCAUCAACCAAGUUCCUGAUAUAUUAUCAUCAGUAAUGGUGUAAUUGCUAGAUCAGCCAGACUUUCAUCCUUAUUCCAUCCUUUCUGUCUUCAAGUGCAACUACCCUACAAACUCUAUUCUUUCAUCAAAUCUUACGUAUUUUAUCUGAUAAUAUCCACUGAGCAUUGGCAGAAUAUCAGAGCAUAAAAUAUGUAUCACAGAUGCCUGUAUUGGUCAGUGUCUAGCAGAGUUGAUAGCUUGAACAAAGGACACCCACAGGAUUGAUGUUCCAUGUCUGGUAUAGUAGAGACAGUCCUGGCCCCUCCAUGUAGGGAGGUAUAUCAAUCAAGAUGUGACACUUAGUUUAACUUAGUUUAAUGACUGUUGUAGUCAAGUUGUGAAGUGUAGCAGUCUAGACCUGAACUUGAUGUCAGUGUCAAGAAGUCAUGGGAGAUAUUGACCUGAUUGGACAAAAUGUAGCAGGUUUGAUCACUGUGAUGCUAGAACUCUUACAGCAAGCAGACGAAACAAGAUGCAUGUGGAAAAAAAAUUGUUUGGAAGCUGUGCUGGAGGAGAAAAAAACAUGGAUGGAGUGUUCAGAAGCCAGACAAUUAUAGAAGUGGUAUUGAACAUUCUACGCAAUUCCCAGUUAAACAGCCAGUGGGAUGUUUGAACUUGUACAGCAAAUGUGAAUGAAGACAUUUUGGCAAGACUGUGAUUAUUAUCUACAGUGUCUUGAGACAUCACAGGGGGUGGUAUUGAUGAGUAUAGUACUAAACAGACUGUUCACCUUCAUGGCUAUGCUAUCAGCAUUGGAAUAGCAAGUUGGAUGAUGACAAGUGAUGAGAGGAUUGUUACUUUGACGGGGUACCAGCAAGCUUGAUGCAGUCUAGUGACAGUUAUCUCAGUCCUACAACCAUGGACAUUCAGUGUUAUCGUAAGGCCUUGUGGCCAUGCCAAGACCAGUUUGUUUCAAAAUAUCGCAUCAUGAGUCGAAGUAACUGAGAUUGUUUGGACAGAUGGACCCCAAGACAGAGAGUCUGCGGUCUGCAGAAUGAUAUUGUACAUUGAUGGCCUUUCACAUCGAGUGGGAAUUGAUGUACAAGAUGUGAUGGAAACUGACAUAACAAGGGAGUUUUUUAGAUGGUUGGUGUGCUUUCAUAUUGUUGGGAGUGACCUGUUGAGUUUGCUGUUUGAUGCAGGUUUGUUCUUGGAUUGAAUUCUUUGAAGAACUGACUGAGUUGGUGAUGAGUUGGAGUUUCAGUAUCCCAUUGAUGAUGCACAGCAGCCGUUAUGUCUCUGCGAAGCUAAUGCUGUUUUUCUGGCAGAUUAUCCCUUUACCAAAUGAUAAUUAAUUGUUAUCUGUGUGUUAUCAGUUGAUAGUUUUCCCCAUUUUGAAUGUGUUCUUUUUCACAACCUAAUUUUCUUGAUACAUAAAUGAUAUCAAUGUUUUAUGAAAAUGGUCAUUUUUAACCAUGCUCCAAGCAUAUGGCACUUUUAAGGGGUUGAACUUUACAGAACUGUUAGUACAUGUACAACCAAAUAGUGAUAGCAUUUAGAGAAGCAUUCUUGGGAAAAAGAAUUGACACCAGCCCAAUGAAUAUCUCUUAUUUAGGUUGGGCUCUCAGACUUUCAGGCUACGGUUCACCCCCGAUUUUAACCCAUGUGUCUGGCUGUUCUUUUAGAUGCAGUUAAUCAUUUUAGUGGGAUAGGAGAAAAAGAUGUGUGUCCGUGUGUUUUAAAAAUUUUGUGUCUGGUUAUAGUUUUAAUCUCUAUUUUAUAUGAUAGUUGCCUUUUUAUAUGGAAUUGUCAGUGUUGAUGUGAUAAAUUCAGUCAUACAAGUGCUAUGCUAACGUUUGAACAGAAGAUUAAUGAGUAUAUAAAAAAUAGAAAUAGAUGAGAUGAGUGUUAUGAAAAUAAGUAGUUCAACCCUGACCCCUUCCACAAACCCCAAGUCUUGGAUGAUUCCUACUGUAGCAAUAGCCCAAGUGUGAAUGAGUUCCAUGCUUCAGAAUUAUUUUGGCUUCUUCGAGGGAAAAAUUUUGACACUUUGAUGAAAAAGAUACUGCUCUCGUUGCUUUAUUGUGUUGAAUGGAAUUGAGUUGAAAUUCUAGAUAAUCAGUGUAAAUGAGGCUGAAAAGUGAAAAUGCUGUUAUUUAUUGAAAGAAAGAUAUAGAAUGUUCAGGUAACCCAAGCUGACAACAGUAAGCUGUGGUAAUUGGGACGAGGGUAGUGCUUGAAUAUACUUGUAUGUUGUCCUAUGUGUCUGUACAUAUGUGUUAACAGUUGUGUACAAACUAACUGUAUAUUUGAAUGUUUAACACAGGGAAAGCCUGUAAGUAUUGCAAACAAUAAACUGAGGUCAUUGGCAUAAUCAAGUCGGGAAUCUGAAUGUCAUAAGUUAGUGGAAGGAAGUAUUGCUGAGAUUACUCUGUAUGAUGGGUAGUAGAGCUUUAGUUUCCAUGAUUGUUGCACUUAUCCCUUUGAUUUGUAAAUUAGUCAGAUGGGAGAUUUUUGUUUUAAUAAAUAUCAAAUAAGUUUCACAUAUAUUUUGGUAACACAGAAGUAUGCUGUUCAUUUCAAAGAGAAGUGACUUAAAUCUUGCCACAAUUUUUCCUGAAUCACUAUUUUUGUAAGGUAAGCUGUGUUUGAGUAUGAACAGCAGUAAUUAAGAUAAAAAUAAUUUGGGGUAUAAUAAUGGUAAGGAAAUACGGUGGGACAAACAUGGUGGCAGCAGAACUAUUAGGAUCUCUCUGUGUCUACUUACAAAACACGGUCAACAAAAUAUGCUAUCUGUAGUUGUAUACAGGAUGUUGUAUGUAAGGAAAAUGUUUUGAAUUGAUACAGAGAAGCUGUAUGGAGAACUGAUGUGGUCAUUUUAAACAGGAAAUAUUACUUUGUGAGAUACUAAAGUUGAGCUUGCCUCGGGGUUUGCACUUAAUACAGAAAUGUGAUACAAAGGUGUAUAUUUUUAGAGAUGAUUGUGAUGAGUGUAAGGUGGAACCAGUCGUGUCAGCCCUGAUUUAUCCAGUGUGUCAUUUCUCCCAUUCCUUUAUGAAGUACACCCUGGACCCACUUGCCAGCACUGCUUCUGUUUGGAAGUGCCAUCACCAGCUCCUUUAUCAUGAUCACAAGACUGGUAUAACACAGAGAAGUCCGCAUGCUACAAGAUGUUCCAGUCAUGUAUAUGAUGACACACAAAAGUCGAGACAAAUUUGGGUGAUAUUGCCAUUGUGUUAGCCACGAAAGAACGGUGUAAUUUAAUUGGAUGGCUAUUUUUGGUAUUGUCAUUUGAAUUGGAGUCAAGCAAAUUGGGAUGGCGAGUGGGUCCAUGCAUUUAUCAUACUAGAUUGGAAGUAUAAAACACAAGAUAAUCGAGAUGUGUAGUGUAAGUUAGAAUAUACAGUGGCUUACAGCAGCUUCCAGAUGCUGUGUCUGUCAGGGUAUGCUACCUUCUUUCUGGGAAGGAUACAGAUCUGUAUCAUGAUACUGACAUGAUACACCAUUGUGAUGAGGGCUAUACAAACAUUGCCUUCUGUACUUGCAUUUCAAAUGGAGAAACAUGCCAGACUGUUUGUAACCAUCUAAAUGUCCUUGACCACAAAUAUUCACCUGGAGAUGAGCACUGAUUAUUUAUAAUAAUACCUUUAUAAAUUUUCUGAUGACACAUUCGUUUUUGUUUUCAUAGUGACAUGCUCCUAUUGACAUUCAGAGCAGAAAUACAAAAUCUACGGACAACAGUGAUUGCCUCCCUUUCACCUCUGCUGCUUUGUCUCAUAUCUUUCAGCAGGUAGCAGUGGUAUUUCAGAAAUGUAUCAAAAGACCAAACUCUAAUGUAGAGACUUCAGGAAGAUCCUGAAACUUGAGGAUUUAGGAAUAUAAUGGAGUGGUGCGUACCCAUUUUCCAGGUGUAUAAUUGUUAUAGUGUAUAUGAUACUAUGUGUUGUAUCUGGUUAUGUAUCAUGUUGAAAUGUGAAGUAUCUUGACAACAAGUCUUGUAUCAGGUGUCAUUUUAAGAAACAGUUGACAUUUUUGAAAGAAUAGGUCUUGCGUGUCAGUAAGACAAUGUGGUGUUUAUGUGAUUUCUCUUCAGUGUAGGAAUCAGAGUUAUUGAUAUUCCAUUUUUCUGAUUCAAAGUUAAUGAUUCAAGUAUUGCAGUUGUAGAAUUUCCCUGACAAAUGAGUUUCUGUAGUAUGUAUGUACAUAUUAGCAUUAUGAAUGCCCUGAACUACUGUACGUUGUGAACAGUGUACGCCCGUUACGUCCCUGUCUGGGACAAGUAUUACAUAAAUAACACUGUAGCUAGCGUCACUACAUUGUCCUUGAUCACACAGGGAACUGAGUUUUUUAUGAAUAACUUGUAUUAUGUAUGUCAAUGGGAUGUUUUUUCCAGUGCAUUUGUCUUUGUAAAUACAGGAAGCACAAUCCAUGAGCAGUCUGUACAGGCCGUGUUGUGAGGCAGUGUGGUCUUCUAUACAAUGAUACUGUUACUCAUGAAACUGCUAGACUUCCAUCCCCACAGCUUCCCACCUAUUAAUACUACUCAUGACAGAUAAACUGUCGUAAUAUGAAAGAAUCGGGUCCUUAACGUUUUUUAGUUGCAUAGAACAAACAUUGUAUAGAACGUCUCUUUCUCAUUGCCUGUCCUUCAAAGAAAUCUUAGUGCUACGACUGUCGUAAGUCUGGGUUAUAGUAUGGGAGUUGCGAUCACCUCAGCGCUAAGAUCACUUUGUGGAACUGGUUCCAGUUGUGUAUUGUUUCAUGGAUGGGAGUUUGGCAGUUGUCGAGAGGUAGCAGGGAUGUUCGCUGUGUUUGAAUUUUAUCCUUGUGGUACUGAUACUUGAUAAUGAACAAAUAAUUAAUUUGGUACAUUUUAUAUGAACAAUUGAUUUUAACUUAUCAAAUUUUUCAAAGCAUAUCUGUGAGUUUUAUUGUUCAGCUGUUAUGUAGGAUUAAUGAAAACUUUUUGAUUGUGUUACUUUGCAUGAGCCUUUUCUCUUGCUAAGAUCUUUCUCUUGUGAUCGGACAUGUUUCACUGCUUGAUCUUAUUAAGGUUUUAUGUUUAUCAAGACAGACGUUGAAACUUAUUGCAUGAAAAAUAUGUUAAAUGUACGAUUACUCGGUAUUAUCAAAAGUUUUAAAAGUUAAAUGUUAUAUUUUUUGUAUUUCUGAAGUAUAGAUUUAGAAAUAAAAAUAUUUAACCCGUAUUUUGUACAUCUUGUGCCAAAUAAUAGCUGUUCUUGACGAAAGAAAGCAUUGUCAAAUUAACUUUAUUUUCCUGUGUCUUGACUAUGAUGUGAAAUUAAAGUGUAAAGUUUCACUGAGCAAUGUCUGUACAGUGAAACACAUAAAACCUUAGUCAGAUUUCCCUUUAUUUCUUGAUAUCACUUCUGUAUUCACUUGUUAUAGGAUAGCAUGUGUUUUUAAUGUACAUAAUGUUUGCAGUCUGUUGUAGGCUGGAGAGAGAGAGAGAGAGAGAGAGAAAGCGAGGGAGAGAGAGAGAGAAAGCAAGGGAGAGAGAGAGAGAGUGAGCAUAUAAUGACUAAGGAACUAUGCAAGUGUGAUGAAAGGAACUAUUGGGAAGAUUUUGAAAAAUUGUGUUUUGAAAUUGCCAUUUCAAUGAGAUUAUUUCCUACUAGAUUGACCAUUAUAUUGUGCAUGUAGGCUUACAGCCUUCAGGUGAUUGAAAUUCUACUUUUCAUGGCCAAUGAUUUGUUUUCUUACCAUGUGGAUUUCUGAAAUCUUUGUACAAAAAAGUUAUAUUUUGUGAUGAUGAGUCAGAGGCGAUAUGAAAAGUGUUGCAUGUUCACAGUUUGGGCGGAGCUGUGGUUCUUGUGGGCCCUGAACAGGGAUAUGAUACUGGUAACAGUUUGUUGUAAUGUUAGAGCUGUUUUUCCAUAUACCCUUGUAGUACAAUCAAUUUUUGUGAGUGUCUUAAACAUCCACAAAUAUCUCUGAACAAGAAUAUUCAAUUCAUAUACAUGUAGUUAUUCAUACUAUACCUUGUUAAUAUGAUUUAGAUUCUAAAACACAAACAAAACAUUUCUGUUCAGGUAUUAUUUGUAAUUCUAAUAUCCAAGAUUUUGUGUGGAAAGAGAAUUUGUGUUUUCAAACACUGACAUACACGAACAUCUAAAGUACAGCUGUCAGACCGUGAAAUAUUCAUAGUCAGCUCUCAUUACACUUCACACAGUAUAUCACAAAAGCAAUUUUGCAAACAUAAAUUCUCCUGAGGGUCGUUUGUUUUAAGGUUCAGUGAACCAAAGAUACUUUCUAAGAUAUUAUUCCUGAAACAAUUCCCUCAUUUUGCAAAUACAAGUUAAAGAACCCCCGAUUCUUUCUAUCAUAUUACAACCUAUAGUAAUAUGAAAGAUUCAGGGGUUCUUUCACUUUCUUUAAAUAGCAUACAUGUAUUUGCAAAAAUGAGGGAAAUUGUUUCGGAAGUACAGUAAACUCCGGUUAUAACGAACACGCUUAUAACGAACUGACGGAUAUAACGAACUUACUUUUUGGUCCCGACUACUUGCUGUAGUCAUGCUGUAUAUGUACUUAUAACAAACUACGGUUAUAACGAACUAAAAUUAGUAGUUCCUUUGAGUUUGUUAUAACCCUAGUUUACUGUAGUGAAGUAGUGGAAAUUAUUUUUGUUACAUUGACUUUACAUAGAACACUUGGGAGAAUUUCAUUUUCAACUUACAUAUUACCAAUGACUACAAUUCUACCACUCUUAUACAUACAAGGGUUUCAAGGCAAUUGGCAUAUUGGGCACCUAGGGCGUUUCUUUUCCAUGUUAUCUCUUCUAGUCUUAGGGUGGAGGUAUAUGAAAAGGGGUAAAACAAAUUGUACUAUUUUGUAUGAAUACAUUAGUCACCUUUCAUUGUCAUGUCGAUGGGAGAGGAUAAACUGUUACCUGCAUAUACUGAUCACUGUUGAUGUCACAUGGUUCAUAACUGGCAUUGACAGUAGUUACUCUGGACUUGUAAUGACUCUCAUGGUCAACGUGGUCAUUCAGUCUUCUAUUUGUCCUGUCUUCAUCGUGUAACCACAUUCUCUUAUCACAAUGUGUAAUGUCAUCAAGUCAUUAUAACCUGUAUCCCUUUCUUACCAAAGACAUCUUAAUCUGACAUGCAUGGAUUAGUAUACUGAAUUGUCAAGGUUUAGCAGAUCUGUUUCUAUGUAAGUCCAGGCCAGUGUAAUUUCUUGUUUUUUUGGUCAUUAUACCAAAGCUUGAUGGCAAAAUACACAUAACAUGUUGUCAAGGUUGAAUUGAGGUAAAUUUUCUGAAAGAAAAUAUGUCUGAUAAAAAUGCAAAACAUUUUCAUCAAACACAGCAUUAUAUAUUUUUGGGUUCUAUUUUAAAACAAGAACAGGAAUUGAUCUGGCUUUGUUUGACAAUAAUGAGGUUUUUUUUUGUAUCAUGUAUGUUUCAACUACUAGAUUGUACCUCCUUCACUGUGGAUAGGAAGUAAGUUCACCUGUGUGACUGUUUACAGGUUAAUGUGACAUAACCAGAAUUUCCUGGGUAAUCAAUGGUCACACAUAUUCUAGUUUAUUUUAAACUGUGUAACACAGGGGAAAGACACACUCAGUUUGUCAAAGGUAAUGUAUUCCUCUUAGGUUGGUGCUGCUGUUUAUAUCACAGUCAUCUAUCACACAAGCCCGGAACUGGAGGAUUUGGUUGUUGGGGCCAAGUUAUUGCCCCAAUAAUGGAUAUGUAUCAUCAAACAGGGCACAUGGAACAGCCAUUCCAGCCUAGUCAGGGACUAUUUGCAGACAGUGCAACUUUAACACUUGUAAUGUUUUGCAUGGAAGAAUUGUGUACAUGUAUGUAACAAAGAGAAAAAAAUAAUUUGAGUGAACAUGCGCAUAUUUUAUCAUAAUAGCGCAGUGACAUCAUUAAGAUAAGGUUAUUGGCAUGAAAAUGAUCAUCAAAUUUAGGAUAGUUAUUAAUUAUUCUCAUUGAAAUCAGACAUUUUACUUGGAUAGGAUACCUCUCUGCAUGGUGAUCUGACAACUCUCCAGUUCAACUAAUCAGCAUCUAGGCUUCUACAUUCUCUGUAUGAGUGAGCAGAGUAUUCAGAGCAGCCUUUUGUGAAAAAAAUGAACAUAAACAGGCUGUUCCAAAUGGAAGUAAUAAAAGUUUUCACCGUUAUAUUGUAGAUAUUUUGUACACCCUCUUGUUUCUAAUCUUGACCAGUAGAGGUAUCAAAUCAGAGAUUUAUGAGAUUGAUUAAUUUACCUACCUGUCUGAAAAGGUGGCAUACUAUGUGAAUUUAAGUCUAUGAAAGGCAUUAAGAAGUGAUACACAUAUGGAGGAGAAUUUAUGGAUGUCAACUUCCUUAUUAGGUGAUUGAAGAAGUAAGCAUAUACUACGAAACGUUGUGUUCCUCAUUAUAAUGAAGUUGACAUCCAUAAAUUCUCCUCCUCAUAUGUGAAUUUAGUUUUUGAUUUCCUGAAGAAAGAUUUAAUGAGUGGACAUAAUGUGAUGCAAAAAUUGGAUAUGUGCUAUAUGAUAGAAAAACAGAAGGCCAUACUUAAUUAUGAGACUUUGUUCCUGCUUUUCUGAUUUCAAAACCCCCAUCUUACUUUAUGAAGACACUUUUUAUCGUUUCCUUCUGUAACUGCAGAAAGGUUUGACCUGGAAUGUCAGGGUCACUUUCAAGAAAAAAUAUUAUAGUUGGAAACAAACAUUGGAUGAAAUUCUUGUAAUUAAGUUACUCUGACCCUAAUGAAUUUUUGCAGCAUGCAUGAUGUUUUGUAUGAAGUUACCGGUAUAUAUGAAUAGGCACCUCUGUGAUUUGGCACAUUUAUCAGAUAAUGAAGACUUUGCCUCAAGGGAUCAACAUGUGAACAUCAAAACAUGGUAGUGUACUCUGUAGUACUUGGAAAUUGCUGCUUCUGUGACUUGAGGCUUUAUUUGAAGGGUAUAUUAAAAGCAUUCGUAGUUCAUGGAGACAUUUCCUGUAACAAGUAAGCUUACAGUUUUGACAGCUUUGUUGAGAGGACCUGACUGCAAUGUGAAGCAGUGGCUGCAAUGUGAAGCAGGAAUGCCUCCUCUACUACACCAGUUUCUCAGGUUGAUGAUUGAACAGUAGAAGAUGAUGUUCCAAGAAAGGCCAAGUUAUUUGAUAAAGGCCCAAGCAGUCAUCAAGUUACUGUGUCUACUCAAAUAUGUUGUAAUUUCAAUAAUAUUUUUUAUUUAUUUCCGUAUGCAAACAUAUUAUGAUACAGUGUAUCUUCAUAAUAAGUGGCAAUGGCUCGUGUUUGCUCAACUCCAUGUCAGGAAGAGGUAGUUUGUCAAAACAGUCUGUGUGCUUGCCUUCCGUUUGUGCUGUCCGCUGGAGCAUGCAUUCUAGUUCCACUGUUCCACAAUGAUCUCAAAUUUUAUGUUGCCAAUACCUCAGUUGCCAGUCUGUCGGUCUGCCUUCCAGUACACCCGCUGCAUAUCUAAUGUCCCCUCUACACCCUCAUGUAUGUAUAUAAACAUUUAUCAUUGGAAUAAAGCAAAGCUUUAAUAUCA